GUACAUACACAGAAAUACACACGCACAGACACAUGUACAUACACAAAUACACAUGUACACACAUACACAUGUACAUGCAUACACACAAACACACACACGUACAUGUACACACACACAGACACAUGUACAUACAUACACACAAACACAUGUACACACAUACACAUGUACAUACACACAGACACAUGUACAUGCAUAUACAGACACACAUGUACACACACACCCCCUAUAAAAAAGUUGCAGUACUUUGUUGUUCACUCACAGAGCCGGGUACUGCACUCUAGGGGGAGGCAGAGAGCACAGCACACACUCCUUUGCUUUCACUGCGCUCAGCUAUUGAGCAGUCUGACGGCUCCCAGUGCCAAUGACAGAUCUGGCCUGAGCUCCGAGCCUGCUCAGCAAGACGGCCCUGAGGGACAAACUCGCCCCCACCAUAAUUUCCACUCGCUAUUGGCGAGCAGGUGAGUGGAAAUUUCAAGCCUUGCUCCA